UUCCAGGAAGAGGACACGGGAAAGCACUGAACUGCGUCAACAAUUGUUUCUAUGAUACAUUGGGAUUUCAGUGGCUGUUCAACAUGGCAACUAGCCACUGCUGAGUGAUUUAUGGCACUGUUCCUGGACGGGGCUUUACUGAGCAACAACAUGGACACAUCAAACUUUGCCCACGUCAUUUUCCAGAAUGUGGGCAAGAGUUACUUGCCCCACGCUGCACUGGAGUGCCACUAUACUCUGACACAGUUCAUCAAACCACAUCCAAAGGACUGGGUUGGCAUAUUCAAGGUUGGUUGGAGCACAGCGAGGGACUAUUACACAUUCUUGUGGUCGCCUCUCCCUGAGAGCUAUGUCGAAGGCACCGCAGUCAACAGAACAGUGGUCUUUCAGGGAUAUUAUGUCCCCAACGACGACGGCGAGUUCUACCAGUUCUGCUACGUGACCCACAAAGGGGAGAUCCGGGGGGCCAGCACGCCUUUCCAGUUCCGUGCCAACAGCCCCUCAGAGGACGAGCUGCUGACUGUGGAGGAUGAGUGCAACUCCGACAUCCUGGUGGUCACCACCAAGGCCGGCUUCCUCGAGCAAAAGGUGGAAGAAGCCCAGAGAGAGAAAGACGACCUGCUCAAAAACAUGGCCCUCCUGCAGCAGGAGAAGGAGCAGCUGGAAGCCGAUAAAGAGCGCCUGCAGAAGGAGUGGGAGCAGGAGAAGGAGGCCUGCGUCCAGCUGAGAAGAGAGAACCAAGAGGUGCAGCACUCUUCCCAGGCCGUGCUAGAGGAGAGAGAGGAGGUAAAGAGGAGACUGGAGGAGGCCGCAGCCAGGAUUAUACAGUUGGAGGAGGAUUUGAUUGGAGUUACACAAAAGGGCCUUCAGAAGGAAACUGAACUGGACAGUCUGAAGGACAGAGUGAAGAAACUCACAGCAGAAAAGGAGGCUCUAGAGUCUCAUCUCAAGAAUGAGAAAGACGAAAAGGAACUGUACAAGAUUCACCUGAAAAACCGAGAGCUGGAGAACACUAAGCUGAGCGCCGAGCUGCAGAUGCUGAAGUCCGUGGAUGUAAACAAGGAAAACACCAUUGCCCAGUUUAAAGAGGAGGUGGGACGCCUGCAGACAUGCCUCACUGAGAAGGACAAACAGUACAGAGAGGUUCUGGCCAAAGUUUCCCCCCUGGGAGAUAUGAAAGCCCUGAAGGAGCAGCUCCGGCAGAAGGAGGAGCAGCUCCAGGCCAACCAGCAGCAGUCCACCUUGUUGGCCGCGGAGCUGAGGGACACUUCUAGCGCGCGCGACCGCACCAUGUCUGAACUGUACCACAUGAAGCUGGAGGCCGAUGCCCUUCGCCAGGCCAAGGCUGAAGCCCAGGCCCAGUGCGCCCGCCUGGAGCGCAUGAUAGAGCAGAUGAAGGCAGACGCCAAGCAGGAAGCAGCCAAAGCAGAGGAAGAAGCUGCUACAGACCCAGCUCUUGUAGCAGAGCUACAGAGAGAGGUGGAGGACCUGAGGCUCCGACUGCACAUGGCUGCAGAACACUACAAGGAAAAGUACAAGGAGUGCCAGCGACUGCAAAAACAAGUGCUUAAACUCUCUGAGCAGCAAGGGGAGCUGAAGAGAAGCUCAGCACCGGAGGCGGCGGCAGUGCCUGCAUCAGUGAGUCCGGACACUUCUGUGCCAGCUUGGAUAAAUUGGAAUUCAGGAAGUCCAGGUUCUGCUGAUCCGAUGCUGGAAGCCAUCAUCCAGGAGAAGUUGAAAGGCAUCAGCAGAGAGGCGUCUGACAGAAAUGACAAGUACAGAAAGUGCAAGCAGAUGCUGAUGGAGGAGAAGGAGCGUAGCUGCAUGUUUGCUGAUGAGCUGGCCAAGAUGGAGGUGAAAUUCAAGGAGCAACUGAAGACCAAUGAGAACCUGAAGCUGCAGCUGGCAGCAGAAGAAGAUCGUUAUAAGGGCCAGGUAGCCGAGAAAGGACGCGAGCUGAAGGAGCUGAAGGACACACUCGCGCUUGUUGUGAAGGAAAAGGAAAAACUGGAGGGGGAGCUUCAGAAGGGCAGCAGCAAGAAGGGUGAUCAGGGCUCCAGUGAGAAAACCAGUCUGGAGAACCUCCAGUCAAGCGUGCCUUUAUUCCUGCAGUACCCGGUCCCUUACACCCAGGAUGGCCCUACCCCUCUGCUGGUCUCUCAGAGCCCCAGCAAGCUGCAUUUCGGGAACCCUUACUCCAUCUCGGACUCAAAAGACGAGGCGGACGAGGAGUUCUCAGAUGACCAGCCGCUCAGGCUGCCCCCUGUGGGGCCGCCCUCCUGGGACAGCAAUGUGGUGUGCAUCCAACCCACCCGCAACCCCAGCCGACCAGAAGGCCACGAGGAAUCGGAGGAAAAACAAAACAACAAUGGUAAUGCCAACGAACAGCCCGCAGUGACUGAAACCCAUAGCCCGUUUGUGAAUGAUGGACAAACUGCCUUCUGCUUUGAUCCCAGCAUGGACAUGAAGCGGUGUCCGCUCUGUGAGGUCAUCUUCCCGCCCAACUACGACCAGAGCAAGUUCGAGGAGCACGUGGAGAGCCACUGGAAAAUCUGCCCCAUGUGCAGCGAGCAGUUCCCGCUGGACUGCGACCAGAAGGUGUUCGAGAACCACGUGCUCACCCACUUCGACGGCCACACGCUCAACUUCGACUAGAGAAACAGAAAAAAACGAACACAUCCCGUCUGCCAACUUCCUGUCAACCACUGAAAUAAUUCACUCUGCACUCUUUUCUGCAUGUAAUGGUGUGAAGAUCCUCUCUCUAGGACUAUACUGACUUUCGCUUUCUUACUUCAAUUUAGAGAACACUUUGAGGUGAUGUGACAUUUUAAUUCAGUGUGUACCGCAGGGUUAAGGGAUCCGUUUGCAAACCAAAACGCUUCUUCUUUUUUUUUUUUAUUAUAGGUAAAUUUGGAUUUGAAGAAUAAUUUAGAGAGAUGAGACUGUUGUACGUACAUAUACAGACCUUAAAUUGACUCAGAGAUCUGUUAAGACUACAGGAAGUAACGAAUCAGGGAAAGAGAUAAGUGUUUACCAAACUUACAUUUCAAACAUGCAAACAAAUGUCCCCCCCCUCCUUGAACAUCACUGUACAAGUCAUUUGAUCAUUGUUUAUAGAAAGCAGCCUUGGUGCACCAUAUGCAGUCAGGGAGAAAUCUUCAGUGAUACAUGAUUAUACAGUAUAUCAUCAGAUCAUCUAUUUUAGAAUAAUUAAAGCCAAUGAUAUUGUGACAGCCUUGAUACUUUGUGUAUGAUAUAGAUUUGUUUUUAGGUUUCCUUUUCGUUUUGUUAAUUUAAUUGUCUCUAAAUGAAUCCUUUCAUAUCGUUAGCUAAUCAGUGCAUGCUCUGGCUUCUGUUCGAUUUCCUUCUUUCAUUCUUCUCAUUUACAGUAUUAAGUUAUUUUAUUCAUAGAGAUGUUUCAUUAGUUAAGUGAGUUUCAUGUAUCUAAAAUGAACUAAUAAAGUCUGUUUGAAACCCUAA